GCACCAAAGUGUAGAAUGGUUGUGUUGGGUCUAGUAUUAACCGCCUAAUAUGGGCUCAAGCUCACCACAAAGCAUCUCACCUUGGGCCCAAGCCUAUUCUAGGGUCCAGUACACCGGGAGGCGUCCAGCCUACCCGGGGGCGUCCACCACCGGGAGGCGUCCAUUCACCGGAAGGCGUCCAUCGAAGGGAGGCGUCCAUAGGAUGCCUCCGACUCUUAUAUAAGGAGGCCAGACCCUCCAAGCAAGGGGACUUCUUCUCUCCCUUCCCACAUUCUACCACUUAUGGUUCUCUCUCUAAACCCUAUCUCUCUCUACAUUCUCUACACUCUAUCAUAUAUCCUAUUCUAACUUGACCGUCGGAGUGUAGAUCACGGGGGCCGCCCCCGACUCUCCACAGGAUUCUUCCACUCCCGAGGAGAUCAGACGAGGGAGUCCGGAUCAAGGUUCCACUCUAAUCCCCCGGUACUAAUCCGGGUCAAACAAGUUGCAUCUAUGAUGAAAAUAUAUUAACUGUUAUUUAUCACAUUUCUCAACGUAUACCACCAAUUACCACCAUUGUACUAGCCAGGGUGGUACUUUUUGUUCUCGAAAUUAUUUUCGCAAAAAUUUGUAGAUCUACGAAUUCAUUUCUUCUUGAUAAUUUUUUCAAAAUUCGAGUUAGAGCAAGGUGGUACCAACUACCAAGUGAUACCAGGGUGGUAAUGAGUGGUAUAAAAUAAUUUUGCUCUAAAGAUAUUGAAAAUGACUAUCAUUUUGUAGAUCAUAAACACUCAUUCUAUCAUUGUAAAAAUUUUAAACUCCAAAUUAGAACGAAAAAAUAAAACUCGAUUAAGAAAUACGUGAAAAAUAAAAAAAAUCAUUAAUUUUCAUCUCUUACAUCUGACAUGUACGUGGGCACCGGGCCGGGCCUCCCACGGGCUAGCACGACACGACACGGUUAGAGCACAGACACGAAAUAAAUGGGCCAGCCCGACACGAGCACGAAUAAUUUAUGGGUCGUGUCGGGCCUAAAAUUCAUGGGCACGGGCAUGAGCACGGGCACGACACGGUAUAUAAGUGGGUUGUGUUGGGCCUAAUAUAUUUGAGAUUUUAUUGAGUAUAAGAACGAACAUGACACAAAAAUAACAUUUAUUUGAUAGAAAAUAAAUAUAGAAAGAAUUAUAGGUUCAAAUAUUACAAAUACAAGUAGAAAAAUAAUUAUUUGUUGUUAGACGUGUCAUAAAGAUAUAUAUGUAAUUACUAUCAUAAGUAAAAAUGGACGAAGAAUUAAACAAAGCCAAAUCACACCCGCUAUAUUUCCAAUUUUCUUUUCCUCCUUAUUUGUUACUUUUCUCAAACAUUCUCGGUUAAUACUAUCUUUCUCCGUCCAAUUUUUCACCAUCUUUUUCAUUCUCAUUUUUAUUUUCUUCCUUUUAAUUAGACACGAAUACGAGCACGGCACGAUCACGAAUAGGCACGACACGAUUUGAGCCGUGCUUGGACCUGGGUCGGGCCUAGGAAAGUUAACAAAUGGAUUUUUUCGCCACGACACGAAAACUGACGGGCCGUGCCAAGCACGACACGAAAUAAAUGUGCCUGAAGCGUGUCCGUGACAUGCCGGCCCAAGCACGACCCAACGCCAUGUACUUAUUCCGACCCCACUUAAAAUUAAGGAUUCAGAUAAGCCAUCCCUAAGCUAGAAUGACUAUAAACUAAAAGGUAUAUAUUCAGUAGAUAUAUUUAAAAACAAAUAAAUAAUGAAGUGGAAAAUUAUGCUACUAACUAGUUUUUUUAUUUAUUUCCGUUCACGAAAUGUUGUCGUGUUGUCGUUUGAGUUUAGCAUCUCCCUGUCUUCACCAAAAUCUUGUAGCGAGCGAAUGAAGUCGUGAUCGAGUGGUUGUACCGCUGGUUUUCAGCCUUUAACCAUCAACUUCGAAUCUCAGGAACGAUGCUUACUUCUCUCCUCUUUCAACCUCUAAUAGCACCCUGUAAUAAAGGGGCGGACACAGGUGGUGGGUAGGAGUGUCCUGGAACACAUCUAAAAUUCGUUGAAAAUAUUAACGAAACUCUGAUAGUAGUUUGAGUAUGGAAAAAAUGAAAAAUAAAAUAAAUGGUAGCCUAUGUGAUUCAAACUCAUGAUAUGUUUUUUUCAUUUGACUAUACUUCAUUUAUUAUAAGUAAUUUUAACAUAAAUAUAAUUAUAAAUAGUAUAUCUCUAUUUUACAAUUUUAUUAAGAAUAUGAAAACAUAUCGUGAACUUUUGUAGUAAUUUGUAGUAAUUGAUUAUUUUUUUAUUUAAUUUAAUUUUUGUUUGCGAGUUUUGACUCUUGAGUCGUAACUUUUCUGCGCGUUCGCUUGUGAAUAUUAUUCAACCGUUGGUGUGCUUUUCACGUUUGCAAUUACAAGAACAUUAGAGAUGUAUGUACUCUUCCAAAUAGACAACUUGUAAUUUUUAAGGGAUUUAGUUCUUCCUCCCCCCUCACGCUUAACCCUUAAUAGAAUGAGGUGAAGCAGCUAGAAGGCGAGUUGGAAAGAGAAUUGUCAUGUUUUUAGAAAACCGGCAGUGGUUGAUUAUUUGUUAUAGAAAGUACUAACCACUACAAGAUUCGAACUAUCCAAAAAAACAUCACUUGUACUCUAUUGUUUGUUAUAUAAAUCGUCAUAAUCGAUUUAAAACUUCUAAGCAAAAUGAUAUCAUUUUAGUGAAUUUAAUUAAUGAGAUUAUUUUAUUAUUUUAUGAAUUUAAAAGUUAAAUUUUUAUGUUAUUAGUUGGAUUUAUACUUGACGUUAAAUAUUAUAUUUUAGUAUGAAUAUUUGUUAUUUUAUCCAAAAAUUCAUAUUUUAUUUAAAUAUGAAAAGAAUUAUAAGUAGAUUAUCUUCCAAUAAUUUUUUUUAUGAAUGGGAAUCUAUAUAUCAUCAAAAAUCAGUACCUAUUGGCAUUUGAUAACACCCCUGCCAAUUGAGUCUAUACACCAAUAAGACCAAGCAUCAACGAGGAAUGAAAGAAUUUUCAAGAAUUCACCUCUUUGGCCUCAUUCCACGAUCACGAAGGUAACCAACGCUCAUCAGCAGUGGAUCACCUACCCCAAAAAGUAUCAUACAAUUCCACCAUCCUCUCAGCUCUCCCCACCCUCGGAUCACUCUUCAUCACCGCCAAGUACUCAUGAUUAGGGCUGCAAAUGAGCCGAGCUGAGCCGAGUUUUACCCCAGCUUGAGCUUGACUAGUUAACAAAUGAGCUGAGCUCGAGCCCGAGCCAUUUAUUAACGAGCCGAGUCGAGUUCGAGCUAGGCUUGUUUACUAAAUUCUUAGAUCGUAUUUAAUACAUUCAUUUUGUAUGUCAAGUAUGAUAAAUGUGAUUGAUGUAGCGAUAAAAAAAUAAUCAAAUGUUCAACAUUAAUUAAUCUUAUAUUAUAAUUUUUAGGUGUCGUAUUGUUUAGUUAAUAAAUUUUAACUAGUUCAAAUCAUGUUAUUUCAUAGUAUCGAAACAAUUUUGUACAUAAUUUCUUUAUAGAAUUAAAAAUAAGGCAUAUUUUCUUACAUGUUCAACAUGUUAAACUUCACAUGAUGUGAGAUUAUAAUUUAACAAUCCUAUGAAUUAUGAAAGUCUAAAUUAGAUCGAUUAGUCCAUAAGUCAGUGAUCAAGUUGGCCCUCAAACCACAAUGUUGAGACAUCUCAUGAGCUCUAAAUGAGCCAACUCACGAGUUGAGCUCAACAAGCCACCGAGUCGAGCUAGCUCGCGAGCUUCACGAGCUGAACAUAGCUAGGGUCAAUCUUGGCUCGUCAGUAAACAAAUCGAGUUUCGAACGAGUUUUUCCCGAUUCGAACCUCGAGUUGCUCGCGAGUAGCUUGACUUAUUUGCAGCCCUACUCAUGAUUUUGAGAUACACUGUGAUGGAUCAAUUUUUAACGAUUCCCAGGAGGCGUCAUAUGGCGUUGUUAUCUCGAACAACCAUGGUCAAGAGUGUGAUGGUAAAGUUGAGGCACUGCAUUGUUUUUCCCCUCUUGAAGCUGAAGCCAAGGCCUUGUUGGAAGGCUCCCUUAUGGCUACCGGGUUACGGUCGCCCUGCUUGGUCCCCCUCGGACUGCCUUUCCUUGGUCCAUGCAGUUCACAGCCAACAGAAAGCAUGGUUGUGGCGAGCGGCAACAUGGCUUGGCACUAUCAGGCAGACGCUGGAGACUCAUCCUUUGAUCAAGAUCAAUCACAUUGGUCGUAAGAGUAACUCGAAAGCGAAUUGGGUAGCUAGAUCAUGCACUAAGAACCAACUGCCAUCUGAAUGGUUACAGGUUCUAGAUGUUGUAGCUCCCCUCUUGUAACCCUUGGCUUUUGCCACAAGUAAUGAAAAUGCAAUGCCCUUAUGUAAAAAAAACAAGUAUAUAUAACCGGAAACAAAACAAAAACCUAUAAGCCACGAGUAGAGACAUGGACUCAUGAAUCUGAUACUGUCCAGAAUCCAAAGGUAAUCACUUCACCUAAAACAACAACCAAAUUUUUUUAUAGCUGAAUUAAGAUAUUUCCUUGGAUAUCUUGCCACCAGCAUAUCUUGCAGACAGCGUUCUCGCCAUAUCGCACUGAUCAUAGCCCUCCGUAUCACUCUGCCACCUUGUGCAGCUAAUGUCUGACCUUUGAAGUUGUUGAUGGCCCACUGAAGUUCACUCUUCCCCUGGUCAUUAGGCCUCCUGAGAGAGUAAGCAACAGAGAAUAACCCUACAAACAAGAAUAUGUAGACAUGACAUUUUGCAUAAAGGUGAUCCAUGGUUUUCCAAUCCUUAGGAGAUAGGUUAUAGGACCAUCAUAGCCCCAUUUGAUCAUCUUUUCACAAGUUGAUAUAUGAUCUGAAAUAAUCAGCUAAUCUAAAAACUGGUCUUUGGUAUCUCUGGGUUUUACCAUACUAAAAGAGUGCCAUGUGACAACAACCUCUCUUGGCCGGUCGAAAAAAUUCCCAAACCCUCUGUAUGUUAUAUUUCAACAUAGGACUGCCAUUCCAUAGAAGGACAUCCCCAUUCAAUUGCAUAAAUGGACUAACCUUCUCCCUAUACUUUAAGAGCUUCAACCAGAUCCAAGAACCAGCCUUCCUAGUGACUGACCAAGAAUCAGAGUGCUUUAAAUAGCCUUGAACCAACUGUAUUGUCCAAAUAUGCCUAAACACACAGGUUAUAUUCCAACUAGAGAGGUCCCUAAUUCUCAAUCCUACUUCUUUCUUAGGGAAAGUAUUGAAGUUCCAAGCAACCACUGCUUUCUUCCUGUCACCUUCUCCAACCCCCCUCCCCCACAGAAAGUCACUGCAUAACUUUUCAAUCUCCUUAACAACAGUUUUAGGAAGGAUAAGAGUUGACAUCCAGUAUUGUGUAAGACUAAACAACACAAUCAUGAUCAAUUGUAAUUUGUCAGCAUAACUAAGGAACUUUGAUCUCCAUCUAGAGAUCUUUGAAGUUAAUCUAUCAAUUAAUGGCUUACAAGCUUUAAUUAAUAGCUUCCCUAAAGUAAGGGGUAACCCCAAAUACCUUACUGGAAGAGUCCCCAAUUUUUAGCCAACUCUCUCAUCCAUAUUCAGUUGGCAUUCAAGAGAAGGACCACAACAAAAUAACUCACACUUGGAGGGAUUAGACACCAGAAUAGAAAGAGAAUGAAAGUGGCACAUGAUUUGCUUAAUACAUUGAAGACCAUGAUUAGACCCUUCAGAGAACAGAAGAAGGUCAUCAGCAAACAUAAAAUGGGUCAGUUUAGUCUUUUACAUUGAGGAUGGAAAGGGAGAGAGUCAUCACAAGCAGCCUUUUGCAUAAGAUAGGAAAAAACUUUUGUGGCAAUUGAAAAAGGGUAAGGGAAAGAGGAUUCGAUUGCCUUAGACAUUUCUUAGCUGGAAAAAAACCACCGUACCACCAUUGAAGCCCACACUGAACUAGGGAGUGGCCACACACUGACACACAUUCUGAUCCAUGCAAUGAAUGUUGGAAAAAACC